ACGUCUCGAAACGAACGCAAUUUUGAAUCAAUGACGACCUGGUCACCCUGUACAAAAAAAGACGUAUCACGUGCCGCGUGGUGCUGCUGUCCGGUUGUCGCACCGGUGACGGCACGCGGUCCGUGAUUCGAUACUGCUCCUUUCCGCGUUCAAUAUUUAAAAUUGUAAAGUUUAUCGUACGUUUUACUCGCAUUGACAUCGUCAUACUGAUUUUGGCAUGAGAUUUUAGCGCAGUGAUCCGUACGAAAAGGCAGGCAGAAAUUUGUCGAACGAAACGAUGGGCACUGUCCAUGCUAAGGAACCUAGUAACCCUUCAGGCUUGGGUCAAUUACCUAAGGAGAACGUCCCUGCAAAUAAAUACAAUGACUCACCAAAUGCAACUGAUGACUUUCCACCAUUUUUUAAUAACAAAUCUGAGGGAUUACACAGGGAUGAGGAGAGUGUGCAGACGAAAACCAUUCAUCUGCAGGAAGUGCAGGCACGAGUUGACCGAAUACACGUGGAUGGACUUGUACGAACGAAAGACGACAUAAUCAAGUCACAGGUGACGGACUUGUUUAAGGCGAAAAAUUUUGAGGACGUUAUUAUACGCGCCUACAAGGUGCGGGAGAGAUUGGACGCUCUGGGAUGCUUCAAAAACAUUGGGAUCUACAUUGAUACCAGCAAAGGACCUGAUGCCACCCCUGAUGGUGUUGAAGUCACUUUUAUGGUACGCGAAAUGAGACGUUUGACCGGUGGCAUCAGCACGAUGGUCGGGAACAACGAAGGAUCGCUGAUCGUCGGCGCGAGAGCGCCGAAUCUGUUCGGCCGGGCGGAGCGCGUCCAGAUGGAAUACUCUUACGGUAACAAAAGUUCGAUCAACUUCAAUGUAUCCGCCAUUAAACCGUUUCCGCAGAGCUUGUACAAUGCAGUAUUAACCAGCACCGUGUUCAGCGCAACGCACGACUUCCCGUGGUCCGGUUUCAAACAGAAUGACAAGGGACUGCUCCUCGAUAUGGAGCUCAAUCAGACGGACACGUCCAAGCACAACAUACAGUACGAGGCCGCAUUCAGGAACAUUAGUUGCUCGAAACAGGCGGCCUUUCGUGUCCGGGAACAGUGCGGCCCAAAUUUGAAAUCCGCGCUGAGAUACAUCUGGACAAUAGACAAAAGGGACUCUCCUAUAUUCCCCGUUGCCGGGAGUCUUAUGCGAUUGACGACGGAAAUGGCCGGUUUGGGCGGCGAUAUCGGUUUUCUAAAGAAUGAACUCGCCAUACAGACUAAUUGGACGCCACACGAGUACCUUACAUUCCAGCUGGGCUUUCAAUCGGGGCUGUUGAGUGCAAUCAGUAACGACAUGAAGAUAAGCAUCGCCGAUCACUUUUUCCUGGGCGGUCCGCUGAAUCUACGUGGAUUCGACAUGCGAGGAUGCGGGCCACGGCACGACGGAAAUUCCGUAGGCGGCGAAAUGUAUUGGGCAGUCGCUCUUCACAUGUACACGCCUCUCCCAUUCAGACCAGGCCGUAACAGUUUUGGGGAUUUGUUUAGGCUACACGGUUUCAUUAACGGCGGCAACCUGUCCAAUUUCACAUUUGCAUAUGGUAAUUUGUACAAUGAAAACAUGAAGAUUUUCACGGAGAAUGUUCGCUGCGCUGUCGGCGGAGGCAUCGCGAUGAAACUGGGGAACAUUGCCCGCAUAGAAUUGAACCUAGUUACACCAUUGUUGUUCUUAAGGAGUGACGUGCUCCAACAAUUUCAAUUUGGUAUUGGUGUUCAAUACCUGUGAGCAUUUUUUAUUUUUCAAUAGUCUUGUAUUGUUACAAUGGUUUUGAAUGUAAAAAAAAAGAAAUAGUAAGAUUAUGUGUAAAUUUGUGUCUGUCAUUCGUGUCCGACAGAGAUUCGAAGUGUAUGUUUGCAAUAAAAUCACAAAGAAAUUCAACUUUA